AAAACCAGACAUUUUUUUGUUUUUUUGGUAUAGUACUCUGUGAACCAUGGAAAAGACACUACUAGUACCACUUUUAUAUACGCUAGUGUAUUAUUUAAACCAAGCUAAUGGUGCUACACACACGUAUACCUUAGGGCCAAAUACGGCAACUGUGACCACAAUGUCCCAUGUCUGCAAAAAUGGACAUAGUACCGAGGUAACUACUGGGGUAACGGCGACUCUUCAUGCUAAGAGUACUACCAGAACUAACUUUGGCAGCAAUUUUGACAAUCGAAUGACAGAAUUGGACAAAGUCGCUGGCGAUCACAAAGGACACAUAUUAGCUUCGGCAUUCUAUGGACCAGCAGUAACAUGGAAUUUAGCACCUCAAGCUGACAAUCUUAACAAAAAAUACAGAUGCAGGAACAGCGUAUUAAAUCUUUGGUACGACUGUGAAAAAUGGAUUAGAGACCAACUCGAUGCUGGAUCUCACUUACCAAUAACGGUGAGAAUUAGGUUGGAGUAUGAAAACAAGAACUGUAGACCUACUUAUUGGUCUAUUGACGCAAGACGUACCGAUGGACAGGGAUGUGUAUCAGACCGUAUCAAUAAUGGACCCCCUCCACUAGGAGUUUGCCAACGAUCCUAAAUUGUUAGUCAGAGAAAAAAUAAUAACUCAAAAUUUUUAAAACAGUUUUAGUAAUGUCUGUUACGUUAAAAUUAUUAAAUUAAUUAAAAAAAUUUCCC